AUGUUAUCUGAGGACAAUAUCGAGAAAUUGAGGCUGCAGAAACGCUUUGCUGGGCCAAUUUACUCAAUCAGCAAUGCUCAAAGACACGAGCAUCUGAUCGACAACAACAUAACUCGAUUGCUGACACGGUUCAAGACCAUGACCGAUCGGCCCAUGGAUAUCUAUUACGCGUGGGAGAUUAUGAAUGUCGAUAUGAUGACCGAGUUCACGUUUGGCCAGCCGUACGGCGCAAUCGAGAAGGGCAGCGACGAUGAUCACAUGGCAAACAUGGAUCGUACAGUGAUGGAGCACUCCAAGGCCGAGGAUGAAGGCCAGCAGCUCAGACCGUGUCUUCACAACGAUAUGCACCAGCUCAGCAGAUCGAAUUCCGAGUUCAUCUUGACGUGGAGCUUUCGUCUUUCCAUUACCAACCUCGGAGCUGGCGUAGACACAAUGUCCUGGACGCUCGCCGCUGUGAUUGUCGGAAUUGGCAUGAGUCCGAAAGCCAACGCUCGUGUACGAGCUGAGAUGGAUGCUGCCAUUCAGGCGGGAAGCGUCAUCAAAGGCGUUCCCGUCUCCUAUAACGAAGCAGUGAAGCUCCCUUAUCUCCAAGCCUGCAUCCACGAAGCACUACGUCUUUGGCCCAACGUUGCUAUUUCUUUGCCACGCAUCGUACCCAAAGCGGGUAUCGAGAUUUAUGGUUACUACGUCCCCGGUGGCUACACAGUUGGCAUGCAAUCGAAGCAACUGGCCAUCGAUGACCGGAUCUUCGCCGCAGAGCCAGAAUCUUUCAGGCCGGAGAGAUUUCUGGAUGCCGACAAGGCGCAGUUGAGUGAUAUGACGACCAGAAACCUGAGCUUUGGUGGUCCGAGUAGGAAGUGCCCUGGCAAGAAUGUUGCGUGGCUGAGCAUGAGUAAAGUGUUGGCAAGCUUAUGGGUUGACAAGAAGAUCUUCCGCAACGAUGCCGACCGUGAGCAAUUCAUCUACGCGGUUUUGAGUGUCCUAUCCGACAACGGCAGAAUCAAGUUCAACCUUACAGACUAUCAGUUCAGACUACUCUUUUCCCGCAGACCGAAUGGUCGCUUCGUAGCCACUCUCGUAGCGAUGCGAGGAGGCAUCAUCGAGGCGAAGAUCGAGCCCAGCGAUGACGGCAAGACACAGGCAGAGGCUUGCAGAGCGUUUAAGAAACACGUCGAGGAGAGACUCCAUGAGUUGUUGACGACCGUGCCAGAUGUCGGCGCUAUUUCAUCGGUGUCAGGACCAAGUUCUGCAUCGAGACAGUCCGCCGUACCAUCCAGGAACACGCCGGGCCAGAUUCAGUUGCGCAGCGGACAGGACCUUCCUCCUGCUUAUGCAAAGAAAGGUUAG